AUGAGUGAGGCUCCACCUGACAAGCCACUGAGAGGGGUGAGGACACGGGUGAGGUACGGCAGAGUUAGGAGGGGGGGGCUCAGCUAUUUUAGACCUUCUGAGGAGCUCAUUAAGCGAAGGUGUGAUCAGCACGCCUCUGCUUAGGUGAUGCUACCGGCUUCCGCACCUUUGCGUGCCGCAGCGAGCGAGUCAAUUUUAUUCACUGUUAAAGAAGGAGGAGGAAGAGGAGAGCGUGUGUGUGUGUGUGUCUGUGUGUGUGUGUGUCAGGUGCACGGAGCUCACUUAGCCAGCAGCCCCCCCCUCCCUGAAGACUCACCUCCACCUUCAGUCCUCAGACUUGUUAGUGAGGCUGUCUGACAUGGAGGCCGUCGUCUUAUCGGCACGGUUGCGUUUUAUGAAGUUUUAACGUUGUCAGCCAACGGGGGUUGGGGGGGGGGCGGGGCUGCUCUUCUGUCUGUUACCCCCCCCCCCCCAUCUCCAUUUUUAUAUCUGACUGCUGGAUUUACCCUCGCAGCCUCGCAGUCUCUCUGAAUUCCCAGCAGCGCGGGACUCACGCGCCAAGGAGACGUUGACGGAUGUCUUCUUCCUGUCGCCCGACGAUGACGAGGAGCCUCUGACACGCUCUACUCCAGCUCCCCGUCUCCUGACACGAGCCUCCUGCCGCCGCUUGCCAGCGCAGGCCGUCACCAGGGAGGAUGCUGGGAUACGCUGCAGUGAUUCACCUAUUACAACUGGCUCUGAAAACGUGUCGCACACAAACACACACCUUGACUUUGGCUCGCACACGCACCUCCUGGUUAAGCCGCUGCCAGGAACAGCAGAGGGGGCCGGCCUCGUGUGCACGGAGCAGAUGUACGAGACAGGAGGAAAGAAAUGA